AUGCUUCGCAUCAACCGGACCGUCCGGAACGUCCGGCCUCUCGCCUCUCGGGCGGCGGCCAGGACCGUUCCGUGUAGCCGUCGUUGGCAUGCUACCGAUACCUUCCUCACUGGCGAGAGCGCCGAUUACCGCGACGAGAUGUACAACCAAUGGAGGAAAAACCCCGAAAGCGUCCACAUCUCAUGGCAAAUAUACUUCAAAAAUCUAGAGUCGGGCAAGAUGCCGACUGCUCAGGCCUUCCAACCGCCUCCGUCAAUUGUACCCAGUGCAACCGGCGGCGUUCCCAGUAUCGCGGCCGGCUCCUCUUCAGAGGUCACCAACCAUCUCAAGGUUCAGCUCCUCGUCCGCGCAUACCAGGCCCGUGGCCAUCUCAAGGCCAACAUCGACCCGCUUGGCAUCCGCAACGAGUCCAAGGGUGGCUUUGCCAUCAAGCCCAAGGAGCUUAGCUUGGAGCACUACCAAUUCACCGAGGCAGACCUCGACACCGAGUACUCGCUUGGCCCCGGUAUCCUGCCGCGCUUCAAGAAGGACGGCCGCGAAAAGAUGACACUGCGCGAGAUUAUCGCUGCCUGCGAGAAGAUAUACUGCGGCUCAUAUGGUGUCGAGUUCAUCCACAUUCCGGACCGUGAGAAGUGCGACUGGCUGAGGGAACGCCUUGAGGUUCCCCAGCCUUUCAAGUACUCGAUCGAUGAGAAGCGCAGGAUCCUCGACCGCCUCAUCUGGAGCUCUCUCUUCGAGAUUUUCCUGGCCACGAAAUACCCCAACGACAAGCGUUUCGGUCUCGAGGGUUGUGAGGCUCUCGUCCCUGGUAUGAAGGCCCUGAUAGACCGUAGCGUGGAUUACGGCAUCAAGGACAUCGUCAUUGGUAUGCCUCACCGUGGCCGUCUCAAUGUCCUGAGCAAUGUUGUCAGGAAGCCGAACGAGUCCAUUUUCAGCGAGUUUGCCGGCACAACCGGGGCCGAGGAGGGCUCUGGUGACGUCAAGUACCAUCUCGGUAUGAACUUUGAGCGUCCGACCCCCUCAGGCAAGCGUGUGCAGCUGUCACUGGUCGCCAACCCUUCGCAUCUUGAGGCCGAGGACCCUGUCGUGCUCGGAAAGACCCGCGCUAUCCAGCACUACAACAACGACGAGAAGACCCACCGCACCGCCAUGGGUGUUCUGUUGCACGGUGACGCUGCUAUCGCUGGCCAAGGUGUUGUCUACGAGUGUCUCGGAUUCCACUCGCUCCCUGGCUACUCCACCGGUGGUACCAUUCACCUGGUCGUGAACAACCAGAUCGGCUUCACCACCGACCCUCGUUUCGCUCGCUCGACAGCUUACUGCACAGACAUUGCCAAGGCCAUUGAUGCACCUGUCUUCCACGUCAAUGCAGACGAUGUCGAGGCCGUGAACUACAUGUGCCAGCUUGCCGCCGAUUGGCGCGCCGAGUUCCAACAGGACGUUAUCAUCGACCUCGUUUGCUACCGCAAGCACGGCCACAACGAGACAGACCAGCCCUCGUUUACCCAGCCGCUCAUGUACAAGAAGAUCCAGUCGAAGGACAGCCAGCUCGAGACCUACACUAAGAAGCUCAUCGAUGACGGCACCUUCACCAAGGAGGAUAUAGAGGAGCACAAGAAGUGGGUGUGGGGAAUGCUGGAGGACAGCUUCGCCAAGUCCAAGGAAUACCAGCCUACCUCCAAGGAGUGGACCACCUCGGCCUGGAACGGCUUCAAGUCCCCCAAGGAGCUUGCCACCGAGGUGCUCCCCCAUAACCCCACUGGUGUCGACAAGCAGACGCUGCAGCACAUUGGUGAGGUUAUCGGCUCGGCCCCUGAAACCUUCAACCUGCACCGCAACCUGAAGCGUAUCCUCGCCAACCGCACCAAGACCGUCGUUGAGGGCAAGAACAUUGACUGGUCGACUGCCGAGGCUUUGGCCUUUGGUUCGCUGGUCACUGAGGGUCACCAUGUACGUGUUUCUGGUCAGGAUGUUGAGCGUGGUACCUUCUCGCAGCGCCACGCCGUCUUCCACGACCAGGAGACCGAGGACACAUACACUCCUCUCCAGCACGUCAGCAAGGACCAGGCCAAGUUUGUCAUCUCCAACUCGUCGCUUAGCGAGUUUGGUGUGCUCGGCUUUGAGUACGGUUACUCUCUUACGUCUCCCAAUGCCCUGGUCAUGUGGGAGGCCCAGUUCGGUGACUUUGCCAACAACGCCCAGUGUGUGAUUGACCAGUUCAUCGCCUCGGGUGAGGUCAAGUGGAUGCAGCGCACUGGUCUUGUCAUGUCGCUUCCCCACGGUUAUGACGGUCAAGGUCCCGAGCACUCUUCCGGCCGUCUUGAGAGGUAUCUCCAGCUGUGUAACGAGGACCCUCGUGACUUCCCCACUGGCGAGAAGCUCAUGCGCCAGCACCAAGACUGCAACAUGCAGAUCGCAUACAUGACCACCCCUGCCAACCUCUUCCACAUUCUUCGUCGCCAGAUGACCAGACAGUUCAGGAAGCCUUUGAUCAUUUUCUUCUCCAAGGCUUUGCUGAGGCAUCCUCUGGCACGCUCCAACAUCGAGGACUUCACUGGUGACUCUCAGUUCCAGUGGAUCAUCCCCGACCCUGCGCACCAGACCGGCGAGAUCAAGUCCAAUGAGGAGAUUGACCGUGUCAUUCUCUGCACUGGCCAGGUCUACGCCGCCCUCCACAAGCACCGCGCCGACAACAAGAUUGACGACGUCGCCAUCACUCGUGUCGAGCAGCUCCACCCCUUCCCGUGGGAUGCACUCCGCGAGAACCUCGACCAGUACCCCAACGCCAAGACCAUCGUCUGGGCUCAGGAAGAGCCGCUCAACGCUGGUGCCUGGAGCUACACACAGCCGAGGAUUGAGACCCUGUUGAACCAGACGCAACAUCACGACCGUAAGCACGUGAUGUACGCUGGUCGCCACCCUAGCGCCUCGGUCGCCACGGGCUUGAAGUCGGCACACAUCAAGGAGGAGAAGGAGCUGCUGGAGAUGGCCUUCAGCGUCAAGCAGGACAAGCUCAAGGGCGAGUAG